AUGAGGAUUCGUCUAUUCAGACAAUCUUUCCAGCCGUUAUUUGUCGUGCGGAUUGCGGAAUGGCGAAUGAAAAACUUAAAAAUAAAACCUCUCAAAAACAAAAUCCUCUUCAAAAAAAAACCCUAAAAUAAGAAAGAAAAACGAUCUACUGGAAGAAGUUCAAAGUCCAAUAGCAACAGUGUAUAUAUCUAAGAGAUGCAGCCACAUUGGCGAUAGUCCAAACAUUCUUGUUGGCGGAGACGACCCCCGGAGUGAGGUCAAAAGGGUCGAUGUAAGGCCGAGGAAAGAAGGCCGACCAGGUGGAACAAAGCAAACGUUCGGAGAGUGUGCGGAACCUGUGCGGUGCUGCUGCAGGUGCUGGUUGCUGCCGAAUGCCGCCUGCCCGAACUGCGAGUUGUUCCUCAUGAAGUCACCAUGACCGUCUCGGCUUUCUGCAACUCACCACUUUGGCUACUUCAUGCAAUGGUGAGUUUCCUUCAAAUACGAAUCACCACAAAAUGAAUUUCACAAGGGCAAAUUUUUUGAUCAAUUCCAAAAAAGAAACAUCCAAAAGCUCUUUAAAAGCAUUCUUGAUAUUCUCGCACGACUUUUAGUUUCUAAGAUAUACAUUUUGCGGAAGAGUGGAGUUUCAAAAAUAUCUCUUCCAAAACUGAUCUGGAAAUUUUUUUCAUUCCCUUUUUUUUGCCAAAACGAGUAUGUAUUCAAAAAAAUAAUUCUGAGAAAAAUUUUACAACAUUGAAAAAAAUACAUUCCAGAGCUCAAAAAAUAUCGAGAAAUCUGCAUCAAACUUUUUUUACUUCGAUUUUCAAAGCGCCUGCAGUUUUUUUCUAAACGAAAAUAAUUGAUUUAGGGUUGAAGAAAUUGUGAUUUUUCAAAAAAAUUAUUUUUUUAUUUGCUAAACAAGUUUUCGGUUCAUUUCGCUAAGUUUUCGACGGCAAAAACGUUUUUUUGAAAAAAAUAAUCAGAUUUUCUUCAACCUCAUUUUUUUCAUCUUUACGAAUAAUCUUAUUAUUAAGUACAGCUUUUUUUGAAGUAAUUCCAAAAAAAGUUCAGAAUCUGUUUUGCAACGUUCCUUUCUGUUCAUUUGAACUUCUGAAUGCGACGGAACUCAUUAUGAAAAAGCAGAAACGAAAUGAGAUCAAACUUUCAGUAAGCUGAACUUAAUGCAAAUCACAAUGUUUCAAAGCGCGUGACCAGCCUUAUAAGCAUGUCCAAUUAGAAAGAAAAAGGAAAAAAAACGGCUGGAUUGCAGAUUUCCAUAAGAUUCUAUAUUGGCUUACCGUAUAAAAAAAUUGAAAGUAAGGAAGAAAAAAAUUAGUAAAGUAUAUUGGAAAGAAGGGUUCAUGCGGGGAAACAUUGAAAUUUAAAAAUUUUUCUAUUUUUUUGAAAUUCAGGUCCACAGUUACAACGGCGGUGCUCAAGCUAUUCACGGACAAGAAUUUAAUAAUUGAAGAAAGAAAAAAAUCAAAUUGACAACGAUCACAUAAACUGAGAGUUUUUUUAACGAGAGAUAGUAGAGCAAAUGUGCAGAGAAGUUGCCAAGAACCUCACAGAAAAUUAUCACCUAUCAAAAGAGAGAGAAAGGUAUAAAAAGAGGGGAGAGGAAAGCGGAAGCAGAUAAAAAGCAAGGAUCGCAGAGUUUUUUUUUUCAAAUUCAUAAGGAGGAAAUUUUGCGCCGGUCCCUCGAAUUUCAAAAACUCACCGGUCACUCAAUGCAAAAAGGAACUGUUGUUCUACGGUCAGCGGGCAAGAAAAAAGAGCGUAAAAACGAGAGUGAUGAACUUGACGGUCUCAAGGUUGUCUCCUGUCGAGUCUGAGAAGGUGUCACAGCAAAUACUAGAAGAACGAGAAACAUAUGCGAAGACAAAUAAGAAUGUGCAAAGCCAAAAGCUGAGUGCUGUCUUUCUGUUUUGUUGCUGCCAACCGAAAACAAAGAAAUUCAUUUUGGUACCAGAUCAAAGUAACAAGAUUCCAGAUUCUAUGAAAAUUGGCCUCUGCGUUGGCUAGAAAAAUAAUAAAAUUUUUCGAUUUUCCUUUUCAGAACGAUGUCUCGGCUUUAUUAUAG